AUGAUAUCAUUAGAGAAGCAGCACCCCGAGGUCGCCAGAGAAUUCCACAAUGGGUAUUUCGUGUUUCAUAAAACUGACAGGAAGUUCUUCGCAAUGGCAAUCGACCAAGCCCAUGAACAAAACAAUGACGUCAUCAAAGGGGAUGGGGGAGCUGUUGGCCUGACAGAGGAUCCAUCAGCUCUUCGGAGGUGGAUGGUGGCUGGUCCAGAAAUUAGCAAAUUCGUUGUUGGCUAUGAAGCCAUAUCAGGAAGCAAAGAGGCGAAGAAAGGAAGUCAACACCAUGAGCAGUCACCAACUGCUCAGAAGGCAUUCUUUAAAAAGGUUCAGCGGCUUACAAGUGUGAUAGAAGAAAUGGGCGAUCCAUUUUCAGAGAAGUCCACUGAUCUACUGUCGCUUGACACUAAAGACAUUGCUGAUCCUACAGCAGCGCUGCUGGUUGCAUCUCAUCUGGAGAAAGGGAAAGAGCAAUUCCAAACAUUCAUGGAUAAACUCAAGACCGACAGUCAGCAUUUCUAUCAGCCAAUCAAACGGAAUAACAAAAACAAGCACAGGUCCAACAGAGAAAUUAGAAACACAGCUACUAAAGGAGGAUUGUCAACUGUUCUUCCGCCUUUUCAUCUCCUGCCAAAGCAGAGGGUGUGA